AUGUCUCACCGAGGGUUUCCGAGCCGAGUCCCCGAAGAGCAGCGGGACCUGGACCACAUAAGGAGCGCCGCCGCAGAGUUCUACCGGGCGACCGGAGUCCCGCAGGUGAUCGAGAGAGCCCUGAACGAGCUCUUCUUCCGCGAGCCCGAAGACGUCCACGGAUACCUGGCAAAUUAUUUUACAAACCUAUGUGCACCGCCGAGGAUCAGCAGGCUGAAAGGAAGGGAGGUUUACGAUGCAAGAGGACAGCUAUCCAUCGAGGCAGAGGUCUUCUGCAUCGUCUGCAACCAGGAAAAGAGCAUGUCUUCAGCCGCCGUCUCCGGCCACGUUGGGCCGAAGGAGGCGUCACCGGACUGGAAAGAAAAGGGUCGAGAGAGGGCGGAGCAUGUGAUGACCGCGGCCCAGUGGAUCAAUGGACCUCUGAACAACAUGCUGCAGGGCCACACCCCCUGUGACCAAUCGGAUGUCGACCAUUUGCUCAGCGACUUCUUCACGGCCCGCUUCCUGGAGGACAAAGACCUUCGGAACAAGGAGAAGGAGGAGAGUGGACCGCCCAGCGAGCCGGAGGUGCUGCCGUCUUCUCCGGUGUCGGCACCCACUAAAAACAAGAAGAGUGUCGAUAAAGGUAAAAAGAGCAACACCGCGGAGAAGUCCUUCCCUCCAGCAGAGCCACCAGAACCGGUGUUUCCUGGGAGCUCGGCCAUUGGCUCAGUGUCUCUGGCUGUGGCCAAAACCGCUGCCAAGAUACAGGGUACCCCUCUCUACAAAUACAUAGCAGCUCUGAAGAACAGAACGGCUCCGGCUCAGUUCCACAUCCCGGUGCCUUUGGUCACUUUGCUGAGCUGUGGGAAGACUUGUCCUGGGAAACUGAGUCUGCUGGAGGAAGUCAUCCUGAUCCCCAAAGCUGGACAACGAGUCAAACAAAUUAUCACAACGACCCUUGAGUUGCAGAAGGAGAUGAUGAGAAUAAUGAACGCUUCAACAAAGGUCGGGGCGACGCAGGCAAUGCUGUGUGACAGCGGGGCGCUGGCGGUGGCCUACGAGAGACCCGAGCAGCCUCUAGACCUGAUCACUGAAGCCUGCACUAACUCUGGACUGGCACUGGGCACCGAGAUCCACUUAGCACUAAACUGUGCCGCCCCUGAGCUAAUGGACUGUUCUAAAGGAAAGUAUGAAGUUGCAACCGGAGUUUUGAAGUCUCCAGAUGAAUUAGUUGAUAUGUACCAAACCCUCAUCAGCAAAUAUCCAGCAGUGGUGGCCUUGAUCGACCCGUUCAGGAGAGAGGACAUCGACCAAUGGGAGAAGCUGAGCAACGGGAUCGGAGACUCGUGUUCUCUGCUCUCGGACCUCACCUUCAAGUCAAAGGCCCCGCCCCUUCCGGGAGUCAGAGGUCACAUCUUGAAACACAUUCACGAGACAACGGUCAGUGAUUUGAUCUGCAUCACAUCAGAUCACCAAGGUUCAGUGUUGAUGGGAACCACAUGCAGUGAGCCCUGCAGUGAGGACUCGUGGGCCGAUAUAGCUGUCGGUCUGGGUCUGGACUACGUCAAACUGGGAGGUCUGAGCGGCGCUGAGAGGAUGGCGAAGUACAACCGGAUGAUUUCUAUAGAGGAAGAACUGGACCAACAGGGAAUACUGGCCUCCGAGGAGAAGCACCCCCCUCCACUGUUCUGA